GUAUUAUUGGAAUUUUCGUUGUAUGUCAGCUCACAUGAAGCCCUCACCCAGUAACACCCUAACCCGCUCGUUUAACAGGGCGUGCAUGGAUUUACCGAGUAGCAAUGGAUGGGAUCUUCAACAAAUUCUUGGCGAUCCUUCACGCGAUUUGAUAGAAAAUGUUUCAGCCUCAACGUCGAGUUAUCAUCAUCGGAGCCACCAUGUCCGGAAUCGACAAAAUUUAGCUGGAUAUAUAUUGUUUACCAGGACUCUGAAUUUUUGGCAAUAGACACCCUACCUACCUUAAUCUUCACACCGGAGAAAGAUAGGCAUCAUGCGGCUGAUAGAUGUUCACAGCAGAAAACUGAAAGAGUUCUUCAAUACGAAACCCCCAGAAUACGCGAUCUUGUCACAUACCUGGGGCAGCGAAGAGGUGAUCCUCCAAGAUUUAGAUACCACAGCAUAUAUGAAGAAGCUUGGGUGGGCCAAGAUCGAUAUGUGUUGUCAAACCGCUGAAAAAGAAGGUCUCGAUUGGGCAUGGGUAGACACCUGCUGCAUCGAUAAGAGAGACAGCGCAGAGUUGUCGGAAGCCAUCAACUCUAUGUUUUCAUGGUACCGCAUAUCCCGGGUCUGUUACGUAUACUUGGCGGACGUCACCAAAGAUGAAGACCAUUCUAGAGAAAACUCGACGUUUAGGAAAAGCCGUUGGUUCAACAGAGGAUGGACGCUCCAAGAGCUACUCGCACCAACUCGCAUGAAAUUCUACGAUAAAAACUGGGACUUCAUUGCCGAACGGAAAGAUCUCUUAGAUGCGAUAUCACAAACUACUGGCAUUAGUUUGGCCGCAGUACAAACGCCACUAUCAUAUAUACCUUCAGCGAGUAUAGCCGAGCGACUGUCUUGGGCAGCAAAAAGAGAAACGACCAGGAUUGAGGAUAGGGCCUAUAGCUUACUGGGAAUUUGUGAGAUCAAAAUGCCCCUCAUAUACGGCGAAGGAGACAGAGCUUUCUUCAGGUUGCAACAAGAGAUCAUAAGGACAAUGUAUGACCAGACUGUCUUUUGGUGGAGCCUGGGGAAUGGUUGGACACAGUGGUUUUGCGAUGGACAUUCCGGGACCGCCAGGACGUUGUCUGAGGUUGGAGGCCUAAAGGUGCUUGCCGAUUCGCCAGAUGCUUUCCGCGGGUUCAAGUCGAGAUAUGUAUCAACACGUCUAGGAAAACACUACAUGAUGACACAUUCCGGACUCCAUAUUGAACUACCAGUCAUUAGCCUCGGCGACUCCCAAAGAAGCUUCUAUCUCGCCAUAUUUUCUGCGAUGGAUAUCCUAAAGUCAGCCCCCCUGCAUAUAGGCAUGCCAGUCCAAGAUUGCGAAGUAUUAUUGCCCGGACAAGCACCAUCUGUUGUCAAGUUUUUCGAGAAGGCUAUGGGCAACUCGCCUUUCCCAUUACCUUUCCCUUUACCUGCGGGGAUCACUGAGAUUCCCUUGUACAUCUCUGUUCCACCUGACCAUAUCCAGAGCUCGAGACUUUCGUCUCGCUUGGCAGAGUGUUCCAGACAUAUACAGCUUAUUUUCGGCCUAUUGUAUUCGUUGGACUACAUCCUCUGGGACUACUACCCCCCAGCCGUUGAGAUUAACGACGGCUUUCUGACCGCACAUUUGGGUGCCGACGAGCUCAUGCUGCUCCGAUUCCACAACCCGGAUCAGAACGGGAGCAUCCUCGUGAUGACCUAUCCAGUUGAAGAUGGUCAGGCCAGUUGGGCAGUAGCGACUUACACAGACGACAAUUCGAGCGCCUGGGAAUUCCUCCUUCGACCGAAUUUUCGGAAAUUCGAUUUUCUAAGUUUAAGGAACAGUCCUUCUCUAAACUGGUCUACUACGAUCUCGGUACCGCUGGAGGAUUCGUUACCUUUGGUUGUGGGUCUUCAGGUUACCGACGACUCCAUAAAGAUCACCAGCAGCAUAGGUGAUACCGUAAAAGAGUGCGCAGAGGAAAAGCAGGAAGUGGUUCGAUGUAGGAAUGUGAAGAUCGAAGGAGACAAGGGGUUGUGCAACAUGGGUUGAUGUGAAUACGGUCAAAGUGCGAUAUAUAUAGGCAUACCUGUGCCCCUGACUUCAAUUAAGCUUCACGUGCAUAAUCCAACUCGGCAUAUUGAAGCAAGGGAGGCUGUGGAAAAGGGGUCGUCAUACAAUCUCAAAUAGCAUCGUAUCCGCUCGUAUAGCCGGAAUCAAACCCGCCUUUCCUCUACCCCUGGCAACUCCCCAACCAAGCUAGGCAUAGUGACA